GCGGAGACUGGAUGCAGUGACUGAAGAUUUGGAGCCUGAAGAUGAAAUAGAAACUCCUCCAUGUAGUAGAGUGGACAACCCACUAGAAGGCCCCAGUUGGCUGCUCGACGCGCCCAGAAAUGAUAAGCCAAGCGUGUCCCGUCCGCGCUCGAACCUGGAACCUGACUCCACCACCGAAGUUGAGGAGAACGCCAACGCGCACACUGCCUCGCCCGCGCUGUCUAAUGACGAGGCAGAGAAGGAGAACGCGCCCGUAUGCGAGUUUUCGCCGACGCUGCGGCGCCGCAAGCGGUCCGCCUCGCCGCCGUCGCCCGCGCCGUCGCCGCUGCCGCGGGCGCAGUCUCGCGUCGCGAGGCGCCCUAGUAAUAGUGGUCGAGUCCUAAAAGUACUCGUGGCCAAAAUGCGUCUGGACGACGACAGCGCCGGCGACGAGAAUGACGCGUCCCCACCGAAGCGGUCGCGAGAAUCGCCCACGCAAAGGCAAGACUCACCCGUGAGGAAAUCCCGUGAAUCGCGGGAUUCCCCUAGCAUAGCAUUGAGCGAAGUACGAGACUCGCCUAGCAGAAAAUCGCGGGAAACGCGGGACUCGCCUAGCAGAAGAUCGCGGGAUUCGCCUGUCAGAAGGUCGCGGGAAACGCGGGACUCACCGACCAGAAGAUCGCGCGAUUCGCCCCACAAGAAGCCCGUGAGGUUCGACGCGCCCAGCCCGAAUGGAUCGACAGACGCCAGGGUUAUAGUAUCGGAAGUGGUACCCGAGCCGCAAAUGCUCGGCGGCGGUGACGCGCCACGCAGCGCGAGCGUGACGUCACGCGGCUCCCGCGACAGCCGCGCGGCGUCGUCCAGCGACAGCGACGAGCCCUCGGGCCGCACGCGCCGCCCGCGCAAACCCGUCACCUACAAGGAGAAGCCGCUCAACAG